ACUUUUUGGAAGAGUGGUUGACAAACACAUCUGUUGUAAUUACAUUUGUCUGUGGUGAUUUCGCAAUAACAAUGGCGAAUUUCCCUGGAUUUGAGAGUCUCUUUGCCAGCAUAGAAUCGAAAAUUACGUCGAAUUACGAUGGGUUGAUUUGUUUCCUUCACUGGAAUAUAGUGAAUAGGGGCUUCACAUGUGUAGGUCAUGGCGAAGAUACGUCAUCAUCAAGUAAGAAGAGUGAACUGUUGCCUGCCAUGUGGAACAGCUCUCAGGAGGAGUAUGCCAUCAGAUAUGUUCCUCAAAACUCUGAGGACCAGUAUCUGCUGAAAUGCAUUGUGAUGGGGGACACUCUUCUCGUAAACUUUAUGAGGUUGAAGGAUGAGAAGGUGAGCAGUCUUUCCCUUGAUGUUGACCAGUAUAUAAACAAAGAACAUCUUAAAGACUUUGAUCGUGUAUACAGAGACAAAGCACUCCUUCACCAGCUGAUUAACGAUGAUCUCAUAGCACCAUUGAACAAGAGUCAGACAUCAACCACCACCACCACCACCACUACCAGGCAGAGGGACGAGGCGCAGUCAAGCAGACAGUCCACAGACCAGAGGCAGGGUAGGGAGAGGGAGACAGACCCUCUGAGGGACCCUGACCCACUCAGGGACAUAGACCCCCUCAGAGUACCACCUAGACACCCAGGACAGGCUGGUCAUCCGGAAUGGGGGCAGCCUAGGGAUCCGUUUGCAGUUGGACGAGACGACCUGGAUCCCUUUGGACCAGGUGGAGCAGGGAUGUUGAUGGAUCCAUUCCGAGGAGGCAUGCCUCACAGAGGGAUUGAUCCUGGAAUUGGAAUGCCAGGAGGAAGACUACCUAGAGGUGCGGUACCACCAGGUGCCCGGUUUGACCCCAUCGGCCCGCCUCGACCCGGUGGGCCAGGAGGAGGACCUCAGGGAGGGUUCGACGGGGGUCCAGAUCCCGAUCACCUCCCCCCUCCUGGCUACGACGAUAUGUUCAUGUGAAAGUCGGGUUGACCCAAAGACAGAAAUGAUGCAAUUUCAUCAACAAAGCUGAGGUUCAUUCACACUCUGUGUGGUAUAACGUUUAAAAAUCCUGCAGCGAAAUAAAGCCAUUUAAGCUGGACUGCACUACUUGUAGCUACUUGCGCCCUCUAUACAGCCAACAAUGCCUAAGCGGUACCCAUUGAUCCCCCAUGGUCCCCUUUUUCUGCCAGUAACCAAACUAGUGCAGAUAGGCUUUAACAUGUUAUGGUAAUGAAAUGGCAAUUGAGGGAGAGAAAUGAGCAGCUGUUCCUCAGCAAAGGCUCCUCAAUCCUUGUUCAGAUAUAAGGUGGCAAACUGGUGUUCGUUUUAAUAUGAUGACAUCAAGUAUAAUACGUUUCACAUUUGACAUUUAUUUACACAUUAAAAAAAUGUGGCAACUUUUUGCAGCAGUUUAUCGUGUCAUAUUUAAACGAGCCUUUGUUUUCUGAUAGCUUGAUGAUGGUUUCUCUGGCUGUGAUGGAAUCUGUGUACGUGAACAUUUUCCCUAGAAUGCUUCUUUGAACAUCUCGUUCAUGUGUUGGAGGAUAUGAUAGGCAGACUCCUUUCUUCAAUUUUUCUUUGAAGUCUGCCCUACCUAAACUCCUGCUUUUAAACGUUCUUCCAUGGUUUUGAAAAUGUUCAAACUCCUUAUUUUCCACUAGCUGGGGUAUAAAUUUACAGCUGAUAAACAUCUUGGUGUUUAAUAAAUUGUGAAUGGAAAUAAUCGUCUUCUCAAACUACCAGUAAACGCGAAAUACAUUGUUUCUUGAUAUGAAUUUCACUGACGUCCUGUAUAUUUGUUGGACUUUCAAGUAUCUGUUGUUUUAUAAAUAUGUCUUUAUAUCAGCUCCAUUGAUAAUCAUAUUGGAGGAUAAAUGUUUAUAUACUUAUGGAAAACUUAUCCUUAUCAAUAAAGGGAACAACCUUA